AUGGAAAAGCUUCUUGUUGUCGGUGCACAACAGGUGACUGUUGGCUCCAACCGAACAGAGCUGCGAAGAAAUGGACGAGAAGGACGAUGAUCUUGGUGCAAUCGAUCCAAACAUCCCUGAGGAAGGGCCUUCAGCGCCCCCUCCUGGCUGGCUAGAUGACAUACAUGGCUACCAGGGCCUCAAAGGAGGAGAUGGUGAUAACCCAUUGUACCCGCCUCCUCCUGCCUACAACCCUCAGCCUGAGCAAGACAGGAACACUCAUGUUCCAAAUGUCAGGGUUCCCACAGUGUCAGAGGAUGUGGCCAGAGAAGCUCUGCUCAAGUUUGUGGAAUCAAAAUGGACUUACAGCUCCAAGCCUGCCAGAAACCUCACCUUCAAAGAGCUGAAACCCAUCACUGUGUACAGGUAUCGACUGGAGACCUACACUGAGACCAGAACCAGUGCCUGGCAGUAUGAGUCAUACAAUGGACAGCCGGUGGAUGGUCCUCAGUUCGGUAUGAGCCCUCCACCGUGGGACAUCCCAGUGUCAAUGCCUCAGAGAUACACUGACAUGGUGCAGAAGAUCCGUGUUCCUCACUCGUCCUUUAUAAAGAUGUGUCACAAGUGCAACGGCUGUGGAAGAACCCGUUGUGUCCACUGUCAUGGUAGAGGACAGAAGCGUUGUACAUUCUGCCACGGUAACGGCCGCUCCAGGAACAAGCGCUGCACCUCCUGUCAUGGCCGAGGUCGAAGGAGGUGUAUCUCCUGUCAUGGUCAAGGCUACAAGACCUGCACUGUUUGUCAUGGCAGCCAAAACCUGCUGCACUUCAUCGAGCUCACUGUCACAUGGAAGAACAACAUAGAGGACUUCAUCCCAGAUCGUCAGCCCGACUUCCCAGACAAGAAGUUUGAGAAAGUGACGGGAGACCCUUUCUUCAUCGACGAGAAUGUGCUGGUUUAUCCCAUCCAGGGUUUCCCUGAUCAGGAAAUCUGUGACGUUUCAUCAAGACUGAUUAACGAACACCUUAACCGCUACAGCGCCACCAGCCGGAUCCUGCAACAGCGUCAGACCAUCGAGCUGGUGCCCCUGACUCACGCUCAUUACUCCUACGGUGGAAAAGACUUCAGCUUCUUUGUCUAUGGAAUCGAGAACAAAGUCUUCACGGCCAAAUAUCCGUCUGCAUGUUCUAUUUUAUAAGUACCACAUACUGAUCACAUAAUCCAUGCUCAUGAGCAGACUCAAGGAUGUACACAGGUGUGAAAAGCUGCAACACUUUCUACCUACGUUCAUUCAAUCAAUCAUUCAUCCAUUUCUAUGUAAAUGUAACUACCUAUUUAGCAACAAUUAUUAUAGAAAUGUCUGUAUUUUGAUGAUUUAUUUUAAUUAUGUUGCAACAAUCAAAUCUAAAAUCUACAUUUAAAGUGGUAGUAAAUGUAUUAGAAUGAGGUUAAGGGGUUUGUAUUUGAUAAAAUGGCCUGUGUUGCUUGUUUUUAAAUGUAAUUUGUCAAAUAUGACCAUUUUGUUUUAUGACUAGUGCUGCAUAUACACAAAUAUAGUCCAGUAAACCUGGCAGCCGUCACGUCACAUUUUUAAUCAUUUUUGUUCACAUUUACUGUCACAAUGUACAUUUAAUUCCCUAAAACUACUCAAACAUUAUAUAACAACAUGAAGUAAAGGCAUGUAUUGUUAUUUUGCUGGGACAUAAAUGUCUGUAUCUCUUACUGGCAAAGAAAUCCUGCUCUCAGCCACAUUAUGACUACAUAUAUGUAAGUUUUACAAACAUCAUUAUGAAUUUGGCCCUUGCUUUGCAUGUUCAGUGGAAUUAGGUACCAGAACAGCUAAAGGAUAUGAAAAUAUAUCCUUCUGUAUAUUGGAACUGUACAUAUGAGUGUCCAGUGUUUAUAGAGGUAGUAUCCGACCAGUCAUAUGGAACUACGAGGCAUUUGAAGUCAGCAAAUUAAAAUGGAACCAAGCCUUAUUUUAAUCAGAAAAAACAGAAGUGUCAAAUAUACACUAUAUAAGCUGUUGUAGAGUUAUUUAGUUUUUAAUAAGAUAUGUGCUCUACUACCUUUGUUUUACUCUCAGUCUGUGAUACAGUCCUUUAAAUAGCCAAGUAUAACUUUAAAAUUGUGUCUAAAAUGUAUAUAUUUAUAUAAACGUCAGCAGGACAGGAAGGUGCAGAUCACUAUUACAGUUCACUGCUAACAUCUUCUGAGUUAAAGGUAAAAAAAAAAAUGCUUUCUGUAAUGUGAUUAUUCAGGAAACAUAAACCUACGAAACUAUAUUAAUAUUCUUCAUACUAGAGCCAGAAUUUCUCAUCAGUGUUGUGAAGUGUGUAAACUUUUUUCUGUUCCUCUCAGCUCAGGUUGCUUUGUGCCUUAAAAUCCAUCCAAAUGCAGAUUUCUGAGUUUACAUAUGCAAAGUCCAUUACUGUUUUCUAGAAGGAUCCAGCUUUUGCCAGCUUUUGCCAACUUUUUUUUUUUUUUUUUUUAAAGAAUGUUAUACAUUUCACUCAUGCUUCCCUCCUGGGUAUUUUACAGUUUUAAGGAGUAGCUUUUAAUUAUUAAAAGAACUUUUUACACUUUUAUAUAUUUUCUGUAUCUGUGUCAUAUAAUGCAGCUACCUCUGCCUGUUGUCCAGUACUAUUUUAUACUGUAAAACUAACAUCAGAACAUGUAACAUAUGUAUUCAGUAAAUAUGACACACAUACUUUCACAAUAAAAAACUUUCAUAUUUGCACCA